UCUCUCUCUCUCGUCAAGCGCAAAGGUACAUCUGCUUAAGCUGAAGGCAUAGCAGACAUUGGGGUUUCUUGUUGAGAUCGUGAAACGACACGAUGGCCCGUUUUCGUAAUAAUAAGAAGAAAGCGUUUGUGAAGCCAGUUAUGAAAAAGCCCAAGCCCGGGAAUGUUGAUCACAUAACAGGUGAUAAGAUCCCUAAGAGCUUUGUCUUCUCGAGGGGGAAGCUGCCAGGACCCCUGAGGCAACUUGAAAUGGACUUGAGGAAGUUAAUGCUCCCGUAUACUGCCCUCAAACUCAAGGAGAAGAAAAGGAAUAACCUCAAAGACUUUUUGAAUGUGGCUGGACCUAUGGGUGUUACUCAUUUCCUCAUGCUGUCAAAAACUGAAACUGCACCUUACUUGAGGGUUGCAAGGACACCACAAGGUCCCACGCUUACUUUUAAGAUUAAGGAAUACUCUCUGGUAGCUGAUGUUGCACAAUCUCAAUUGCGUCCCAGAAGUCCAAAGGAUCUCUUCAAAAACCCUCCUUUGAUUGUACUUUCUGGAUUUGGAACUGGUGAACAACAUUUGAAGCUCACUACUAUCAUGUUUCAGAAUAUUUUUCCAGCCAUUGACAUUAACACUGUAAAACUUUCUUCUUGUCAGAGAAUUGUCUUGCUUAAUUACAAUAAAGAGACGAAACUUGUAGAUUUUUGUCAUUAUUCAAUUAGGUUACAGCCUGUUGGAGUAUCUCGUAGAAUUAGAAAGUUUGUGCAGAAUCAUCAAGUCCCUGAUCUUAGGAAUCUACAAGAUGUGAGUGACUUUGUGACAAAGGCUGGAUACGGAUCAGAAAGUGAAGCAGAUGAUGAAGCUGCGACAGUAACCUUGGCUAGUGAUCUUGGUAGAGUAAAUCAAGCUUCGUCAAAAAGCGCAGUUAAGCUCCAGGAGAUUGGACCUAGGAUGACUCUUCAACUUGUCAAAGUUGAGGAAGGGUUGUGCUCAGGUGGAGUCAUCUUCAAUGAAUAUGGUAAUGCUGCUGACAUUAAAAAAAAGCUAGGCAAGCAAGAAGGCGGUGAAAAAGAUCCGGAUGAUGUUGAAGAAGAUCAAGAAGAUGAUGAGGAAGAAUAGUGUCCACCAAACGACAGUUUUGUGGCUAUACAACCAAUCUCUCACGGUUAUCACAUCUCCGCUGGAUAGAGUCCAACGCUCAGAUGUAUAUUUAUCAUGUCUUACAUUUAGAAGAACCUGUGAAUUCCCAUGGGCUUAUAGGCACUGAUCCUGCUUUACGGAGUCUCGACUUUUAUAAUAUUCAUCUAAUAGCUAUAGAAGAGGUUCUCUCAUUAAUGCCACGACACAUCUCCCAGUUUUGCUU